CCCGAGAGGACCGUCUUAGUAUACUGUCUCUGUGUGUCGUUUGAGGCUUCACCGUGUCGAUACGAUUUUCAUGUAUAGAAAGAAGUAUAUGAAUAUGUGAUAAUUUUUAUGUAUUGAUUAUACAGUAUUUAUUCAUUAUUCUCGUGCUUUAUCUGUACGUCAUAGUGGUUAAAGAUGACUUUGUCUCAUACUGAAGCAGCACCACAUUCCCCGGAAGAACCACCUUUAGAACCACCUUUAGAGCCACCUAUAAAUGUAUCCAACGCGGAAUGUGGGGAGAGCAUGAUUGCACCUCCAUCUCCAGGCGAGGAAGAGGGCGAAGUGAAACUGCCUUCAUCGUGUAAUAGCCAUGAAUCUGUACUUGUUCCUCCUUCUGGCAAAGAUAAAGGAUACGCUUGGGUGGUGGUUCUGGCAGUGUUCCUUGUCAACGUACUUGUUGCAGGAUACGUUAAGAGCUUCGGUAUUCUGUACAUCCUUAUUUUGGAAUCCUUCCCCGAUACCUCCGGUGCUGCAGCAGGAUGGAUAUUGGGACUGCUCGCAGGAUGCCGGGGUUUGCUGGCCGCGGUGAUGGGGGCUUUCACAGUGUUGAUGGGCCCGCGUGCUUGCGUCAUCAUGGGGUCCCUGUGUGUGGCGGCUGGUCUGCUGGCUGCUGCUCCUGCCGCUUCCAUCGUACACAUUGCCUUUACUCUAGGGGCGCUUGUAGGCGUAGGUCUGUGCAUGAGCGAGACUCCGGGUUACUUGGCGGUCACGGAUUACUUCCAAGACAAACGUUCUUUGGCCAAUGGCUUCCGGGCUUCUGGGAAUCCCCUCGGCGGCGUCCUCUUUUCCCCUCUCGUCGUGGCUCUGCACCAGCAUUUUGGCCUGCGCGGUGCCCUCAUCCUCAUGGCUGGCGUUAUGCUCCACAUGACCGUCCUCGGCGCGCUCAUGAGGCCCUUCCAGAUCCACCAGCACCUCGUCCAAGCCGAAUUCUGGAAAGAUAACGCUCGCCAAAAUACGCCCGGCUUGAGGAUCCCGUCAUCUCAGCAGGUCAGAACAUCAAGCCAGAAGACGAAGAAGAAGAAGCCACUGAACUUCCGUAUACUGAAAAACCCCGCAUACUUGGUCUACCUCGUGAUGGUCAUGUGUAUUAAUAUCGCCCUUCCUAACGCCCUUCUAUACACGCCGACUUACGGGAAAUCAAUAGGGCUAAGUGCCUAUGAGAAUUCGCUGAUCGCUUCGUAUACCUCAGCCUGUGAUUUCGUUAUGAGGUUGCUGUGUGGGUGGACUUCAAGCCUGAAACUGUACAAGGCCCAUCAUGGUCUCAUCGCUGGCCUUGUAGUGGGAGGAAUCGGAUGCCUGCUGACGCCUCUCUGCAACAGCAUGUGGCAACUCCUGGGGGCUGCAACGUUGCUCUCCUUCUGCAUGGCCUUCUUCUGGACUCUCAUCAACACCCAGCUGGCUGACGAGUUCGGGGGCGACGACAUGGCCAGCACGUGGGGCUUCUUCAGGAUGACGCAGGGCACCUGUAGUUUUUUGUAUCCUUCGCUGAUAGGACUGGUAAUCGACACAACAGGAGGUCUGGCCAUGCCCUUCGUCAUGAUGGGCUCGGCGCUGCUCCUUGGAGGAGCCGUCUUCAGCCUUCGUCCCUUCGUCGCCAAAAUCUCAGGUUCUAAAAAGGAACAGAACCUCCAGAGCUCGUCUUCGUUGAGAGGAGAACCCGUGGCUUAAGAUGAGGAAGGAGGAAGGAGGGAGGUUCUUGGAGGGAGGAGAAUUCUUAGACGUUUUCAUUUAGAGGCGUUUCCCAAGGUUUAAGAAGAGGAAAGAGGACUUUACAAGCGCCAUUUCACGCGCUUAGGUUAUUUCUGUCAACUCAAGGUGACUGAUACCGCUGAGUCAUACUCGCUUCUCAAUUUAAUUGGAAUGUGGUCAAACCUGUAAUCAGUAUAUAAUCAAUACAAUAUCAAUCAUAAAUCAAUACAAUGAUAAUGCAAUAAUAAUCAUAGUUACUGUUGCAAUUCGACUUAGAUUCACUGGCCAGCAGCUACGCCAUGCCGAUGUUGAUGGCAGUGGCUACAGAUGUCAUACACGUGAUGCUGAUGCCAGCGGGUACGCCAUGCCGAUGUUGAUAACAGCGGUUACAGAAUUUAUCGAGUUCUAGGUAGGGCAUAAUUCUCUAAAGAUUUUCAGUAAGAGAGAAACUUGUGGCUUAGGAGAUGGUGGAGAAGGAAGAUAGAGGGAGGGGGGGAGGGGAAAGGAGGAAGGGCGAGAAUCCUUAGACGUUUCAAUAAGAGGUGUUGUUAAGGCUUAAGCAGUGAUGGAGAAGGAUGUUGGGAGACAAAGGAAAGGGCAAUGUUUGAUACCAGAUUGUUGCUGCUCGAUUUACAAGAGAAAUGCUUUUCCUUGUGAUAUCUUUAUGGGUAUAUAGAUAAACAUAGCUUAUUCUUUUAUAUUCUAUUUUAUCAUAUUAUAUUUGAGUUGAACUCAAUCAAUAUUCAUAAAAUGUGUCAUGAUAGGAAAAUAUAUCCAAUAAAACGUCAUUCCUACAA